CGCAAGGAUUGCGCUGAAUAUUUCGUCAGUGAGUAGUGUGAUUAUUUUACAAGUAUACUCUGAUUAUACUCCUGGACUUUUUAUUUCAACAUAAAGUUUAUUUACGUCGAUCGAAAGUGACUCAUCAGUUUUUUGUGGAAUACAGUUAGCAAUCGAGAGCAUUCGCAAAACCGUCAACGGCAAAAUUUUUCUCUUAUAUUUUUGUCCUCCAAAAGUUGUACCUUGAAAGUUUGACUUUUGUUUUUUCUUCGUUCGUCUUUUCCGUUUGUCCAGUUGUCAUCAAAAUUCACGUUUUCAUAUUCGGAACUCAUAAAAUGACCAAAUUAAGUCGUAUCUAAAUUCAUCAGUGCGUGAGUGACUGCGAUACAAAAUACGUCAAAGUCAUGGACAUUUAGAAAUUUAUUUCUCAAAAUAUAUCAUACAAAAAAAAUCAAAGAAACUAUAAUAUAAUCAGGGAUUGAACAAUAUUUUCAAAUUCACCAGGAGCAUACCUAAAUUUCCAAUAUUGAGAAUGUCUUCAACUUCAACCAUCGAUGAUCGAAUGGUAAAAGCUGUUAGAAAAAUAGUCCCAUCGUUGACUAACGCGAAGCACAAGGGUCAGGAUGGUCGGAUCGGAAUUUUCGGAGGUUCGCUGGAAUAUACAGGAGCGCCUUAUUACGCAGCAAUGAGUGCUCUUCGUGUUGGGGCGGAUUUGGCCCACAUAUUCUGCACACAAGAAGCAGCUCUGCCAAUAAAAUCCCUCAAUCCCGAGCCAAUAGUCCAUCCAAUUUUGGAUCACCAAUAUGCGAUCAAGCAAAUCAAACCUUGGUUGGAACGUCUGCAGGUGAUCGUGAUUGGCUGCGGUCUUGGGAGGGAUGAAAAAACCCUGAAGACAGUCGCAGAGUUAAUCGGUAUUUGUCGUUAUAUCAAAAAACCGCUCGUGAUUGAUGCAGAUGGUCUUUUUCUCAUUGCCCAGAAACCAGGUCUAGUGAAGGAUUACCCAGGUGUUAUUCUCACCCCGAAUGCGAUGGAAUUCAGUCGACUUUCGAAGGCCUUCCUGGAGAAAACAGUAGAACCAACACCUGUUAUUAAAGCUGCUGAUGUGAAGCAGUUGGCCGAAUCUAUUGGGAAUAAUGUUGUUAUUCUUCUCAAGGGAGCGAAGGACACGAUCGUGGAUGGUCACAAGGAUACUGAACCUAUAACAUGUUCAUUGGCAGGUUCUGGGAGACGAUGUGGAGGACAGGGUGAUCUUCUGGCAGGGAGUUUGGCUGUUUUCUGGUGGUGGGCACUCAGUGCUGGACUCAGUGAAACUGCCCUUUCGCCUCAAAUUGUUGCGUGUUAUGCUGCUUCUAGGCUGACGAGAGAGUGCAACGCAGCUGGGUUUAAAGUUAAACAGAGGUCGAUGUUGACGUCAGACAUGAUUGAACAAAUUGAACCUGUAUUUGCGAAACUUUUUGAAACUUACUUUGCAAAAACUCCAUCGUUUUGUAGAAGAAGUCGAACAAAAAGCAGUGAUAAAAAUAAUGUUCAUUGAAGUAAUUUUGGAAAGGAGUUUUAAUAAGUUAGAGAAAAAAUCCAGGCAUUUACUUCAAACUUGAGUUAAUGUAAAUAUUUUCCUCAUUUAACUGUUUUGAGAAAAUAUAGAAAUUAUUUACUUUUGAUUGUGGACUUUUAUUUCUCCUAAAAAAAUAUAACUUUUUUUUAUACAUCAAUUUAAAAGUCAUAUAAAAUUUAAUGAUAAGGAAGAGAAUCCAAGUGUGCUGAAGUAAAAAAAAAACUUACCGAAUUUCGUCUUUAUGAAAUUAAAUUAAAGGCACUAAGGAUCGUUUUUAUCGUUCUAAAUUUCUGGAGAAAAUUCACUACACUUGUAAUCCAGAUAGCACGGAGUAAUAAAGAGUAAUCCACUUGAAAAUCCAGAUAAUUUGAAGUAAUUUAAGCAAUCAAAGUAAUUAACUUGUAAUCCAUGUAUUUGUUGGUUGAAAUUAACGUAUUUACUUGAAAAGUCGUUCUUUUCAGUGGAAAAUUAAUCUUUCUCGUUGAAUAUUCACGGGUUUC